GGACGUUGGUCAAGACGAUCACCAGACAGGCAUGGUACCUAAGGAGGAAGGAAAAUAACUUACUGGCAUCAAGCCCUGAUCACUCAGCAGAACUGUUCUCUAAAACUGACCGUAUCUGUCCUAUCAUCUGUCUCAAAGUUUUUGUCUAUCCUGAGGCUUUUGGCUGAUGGUGGCCUAUUCAGCAGCCGUUUGGAGGCUCUACCUUGCAAAUGCUAGCUUCAAGUGUCAAAAAAACAGUGAGAACUAGGAGGGUUCUGCCAAUCUUGAGUUGAGACCCAGGAGUAAGAAACUUUGAAGAUAAUCACAUCAGAGAAGCUGCACUCGGAAGUCUCCGGUCUUGCAGUUCAUCAGACUGCUUUAGUAAAGUGAUGCCUCCAAGGAAAAAGAGGAGACCUGCAGCAGGAGAUGAUUUAUCUGCUAAGAAAAGUAGACAUGAUGGUAUGUAUAGAAAAUAUGAUUCGACUAGAAUAAAAGCAGAGGAAGAAGUCUUUUCAAGUAAGAGAUGCUUAGAAUGGUUCUAUGAAUACGCAGGCACUGAUGACAUUGUAGGGCCAGAAGGUAUGGAGAAAUUUUGUGAAGACAUUGGAGUUGAACCAGAAAAUGUAGUUAUGCUUGUACUAGCUUGGAAGUUGGAUGCACAAAACAUGGGCUACUUUACAUUACAAGAAUGGUUAAAAGGAAUGACAUCACUACAAUGUGAUACUACAGAAAAAUUGAGAAAUUCUCUGGAUUACUUGAGAUCUUUAUUAAAUGAGCCUACCAAUUUUAAGCUUAUUUAUAGAUAUGCAUUUGACUUUGCACGGGAAAAGGACCAGCGCAGCCUAGAUAUCAAUACUGCCAAGUGUAUGUUGGGCCUUCUUUUAGGAAAAACAUGGUCCCUUUUUCCAGUAUUUCACCAGUUUCUAGAGCAAUCAAAAUACAAAGUUAUCAAUAAGGACCAAUGGUGUAACGUUCUUGAAUUCAGCAGAACAAUUAACCUUGACCUCAGUAACUAUGAUGAAGAUGGAGCCUGGCCAGUGUUAUUGGAUGAGUUUGUGGAAUGGUAUAAAGGAAAACAGAUGACAUAGGAGUUUUACUAUGCACAGCCACUCGAGAGUCACUGUUACCAGUUAUGUCAACCAUUAGCCAUAAACUGCUAUUUGUAUCAAAGUGCAUGCUGCUUUUCUUGCACUGCAUCCCUUUUGCAGGGAACUUUUGAUGUUUGCUAUUUAACAAGCUAGCUAUGCUUGCUGUGUAGCAUUGUUCUCUUUGAAGGCUGCUUUGCAUUUUGUAUUUACACUAUGAAUUUGGUGAACUUGCCAGCGUCUUCACUGUGAUUAUGUGUAUAUUGCUGUCUAAAUUUUGUAUAUGUGUAUAAAAAAAAAAAGCUUCACCUAGGGAUUAUUUCUGCAGAAAUGUAUUGUAAAAAUAAUUUUGUGGCAUAUUUCUAGUCAUCACUUACAUGUUUGUUGAAACUUUAGUUAUUUGGUUUUUCUUUUGGUCUCAAGUGUAGCAUUUCAGAAAAUGAAAUUAACAGACUGCUUGGACAUAGUUAUGUGAAGAACUAUUGUCAAUGUUACUAUUUGAGAUGCCAAUUUCUGAGGGGAGAAGACAUGCUGUGACUUUCUUCACCGGAAUUCGCCAAACCUGACCUAUUGCUUAAUAGGAAUGAAACAUUGGUGUCUUAAAAAAUAUAUAUACACAUAUAAAUACUAAACCACUGUAAUAGUUGUACAUGCCACAGAUGAUUUCCAUUUGAAGAAAAAAGUACUGACUUUUUAAUGUUAAAACUGCAGUAGUCAUUACAGGUACAAAUGAACAAAUUAAAGUACCUUUUAAAAAUGGG